AUGCCUCCCGCCAAGUCGAAACCCAACCCCGACGACUCCAAGUCGGAGACGGCAAGCAUCAAAGAGAAGAACGGCCAUGUGGCCAAGGAAACCCACCACACGAGCGCCAAGCUCCGCCGUGUCGCCAGCUCGACCGGCUCGCAGCUGCGUGAAGCGACUGCGGUGAACGGGCACACCUCUGCAGCACCCGCCGCUGCUACCGUCACACAACACUCGACACCGCCAGGGUUGAACUGGUCGUCGUUCGACCGCGACGUGCUCCACGACUACCGGCGCGAACACAACCUCGACACCCCCACGGCCUUUGAGCAGUCGUACCACCACCUCGUGCUCUCGCGGCCGGGCUCGAUCGGCCUGCAAUCCCCGACGAUGGCACGGCGACGUGAAUACAAGAGGCAGAGCAAGGAAGAGCUCGUCCAGGUGGUCAGGAAACACUUCAACGGGCUGGGUGUCCAAGAGAACGACGUCGUGGUCAACUUCCUGCACAGAGUCAAGAACCCUGGGAUUACCAGGCCCAGGAGGAACAAGCUACAACCACACGCAUCGCCGAUGCCCUAG